CCAGGGCUCAAACCCAUGUCCACUUCAUCGGCAGGAGGAUUCUUAUCUACUGCGCCACCAGGGAAGCCCUAUUUUUCUUCUGAAAGACUAGGUUAAUGGACAAGGCUUGGAGUUGGCUGAAAAAGCAUUCCUCCCUGGCUGCUCAGAGAUUAGUAAGUUGAUUGGAUCUAAGUUGAUUUUGUUACCGAUUAGGAUUCUUGGACUCCUUAAUCAAUAGAAAUUGAUAAGAGGCCAGAGAAGAAAUUCAGGCAAGGCUUUAUUGGGACUUGUGCUGCAGCACGAGGGUGCGAAACCAAGUAGCAGGAUCCUUUGCUCGCCCCCUGACGGGGGAUGGGGGUGGGGGGGCGAGCUUGUACCUUACAUGGGGUGAGGGCAGAGGCGGGCCCACGGGUUGGUCCCCAACAGUGGCUUGGGUGGUCUGCCCCCCCCCGCCAACUUGGUGGUGCUGAGUAGAGGGAUCAUUUGCAGUACCUGUGCUUUGCUUCCUGACUCCUCAGAAGUGGCAGUUGGGUCUUUGGUCUUUUUGUAUCUUGUUCAUAGUUUGCCCCAACUGCCACAUGCAUGCAGUUUUUUGUUGUUGUUGUUUUUCAUGCAGUUAUUUUUAAUCCCUUAGUUUCUUUGUAUUUUGUUUGGACGAGAUUUGUCCAGGUGCAAGCACUGCACCAAAAGGUCCCAGGUCUCAGCCUGUCUCAAUUUCUUUAAGGCUGAGCCUGUGGCGGUUCACCCACAAAGUAGGAAAGGAGAUUAUUUCCUGAUUUAUGCUUUCCCUUUGCCAAAUGUUUGCUUGUGCUUGUCCUUAAUUUGUCCUGUUUCCUUGAUCACAAGUCCAAAGAUGACAUCUUCUAAGCAAUGAGAAGCGUUUUCACUCUGCUCUGUCCAAACCAUAGCAUUCCACGUUCUACCUGUGGUUUUUCCCAUUUACUAAGUCGUUUGAGUCAAAUGCUAGCGGGCGGUUUGGCUUCCCAGACUUGGAACACUGACUGCUCUUGGAGGGGGUGUCAUCAGCCCUGCUCGAUCAUGGAGAAACAAGUCGCCUCACACAGGACACUUAAGGAGUCACCUAGAAGGCGGACUGGCAGGGCUGUUUUUCUUGCUGAGCACAGUACCCUCAGCCCCUAACAAUAUCUGGUGCUCAGGGUCUGCGAAUCCUUUAAGUGCAUAAGCGUCUCUAUGGGGAACGAAGGCACAGCAAUCAUUUGACUCGUACAAGGGUUUGCGCUGACAAAACGCGGCUCAUUUACCAAGUCACCCAACUGGGUCACUGUGCAAUGUGCACGCACUAAGCAAUAUGCGUAAACACCGCAGAAACUGAAGCCAGCCUUCAGGCCCGGGCCCGGUGGCGGCGGAAACAGCAGGUGUCGAGUCCCCGGGAGGAGGUCUCCGAGCUGAGGGCGGACGGCACGGGGACGGGGCCCCACUGCUUCCAGGCGGACGCCACCCAGAGCCCGAGGCCCUCAAACCCGUUUCCAAAGGCGGAGCACAGACAACCAGUAAAACAUCCAUCCCCGGGCCAAGGCCCGCCCGCCCCGCCCACGCUCUCGGAAGCGCGCUGUGGGGGGGAGGACCGGAAGUGACGCGCUUUCCGCGCGCCGCCUAGCACGUAUUUUUUGCGCGCUGCGCGCCGCUCGAGACUUGCAGGCGUCCCGGCAUCUCCUCUGACCGGGCGCGAUGGGCAAAAAGGGCAAGAAAGAGAAGAAGGGCCGCGGGGCGGAGAAGACGGCCGCCAAGGUGGAGAAGAAGGUGUCCAAGCGCUCGCGGAAGGAGGAGGAGGACCUCGAAGCCCUCAUAGCCCACUUCCAGGCUCUCGAUGCCAGAAAGACUCGGAUCGUGGAGACACCCUGCUCCCCACCUUCUCCAAGGAAGAAUGGGAGCGAGGCAGCUCAGCUUCAUUGUCGUGGAGAAACCCGGUUAAAUGCCUCGCUCUCUGCUCAUCCUGAGAAAGAAGAAUUAAUCCUUUUCGGAGGUGAAUAUUUCAAUGGCCAAAAAACUUUUGUAUAUAAUGAACUCUACGUCUACAACAUUAGGAAGGACGCCUGGACUAAAGUCGAAAUCCCCAACCCACCUCCGAGGCGUUGUGCUCACCAGGCGGUGGUGGUGCCCCAGGGCGGCGGACAGCUGUGGAUCUUUGGCGGGGAGUUUGCCUCUCCCGAUGGAGAGCACUUCUACCACUACAGGGACCUCUGGGUCCUGCAUUUGGCCACCAGGACGUGGGAGCAAGUCAGAUCACCAGGCGGUCCUUCAGGACGGAGUGGACAUCGGAUGGUGGCCUGGAAGAGACAGUUAAUCCUUUUUGGUGGCUUCCAUGAGAGUACAAGAGAUUACAUCUAUUACAAUGACCUGUAUGCCUUCAACCUGGACGCUUUCACGUGGAGCAGGCUGUCCCCGUCCGGGACUGGGCCCACACCCAGGUCAGGCUGCCAGAUGACCGUCACCGCCCAGGGCAGCAUCGUCAUCUACGGGGGCUACUCGAAGCAGAGAGUCAGGAAAGAUGUGGACAGAGGUACCCAGCACUCCGACAUGUUCCUGCUGAAGGCUGAGGAGGGAAGAGAAGGCAGAUGGGCCUGGACGCGGGUCAACCCUUCCGGAGCCAAGCCCACGCCAAGGUCCGGCUUCUCGGUGGCUGUGGCCCCGAACCAUCAGACGCUGCUGUUUGGGGGUGUGUGUGACGACGAGGAGGACGAGAGCCUGGAGGGCCACUUUCUCAGCGACCUGCACUUCUACGACCCCGUCAGGAACCGCUGGUUCGCGGGGCAGCUGAAGGGGUCCAAGGUGGAGAAGAGGAGGCGCAGGCGGGGCAGAAAAGGGGAGCCCGGGGGUUCCAGCAAGCAGGAACUGAAGGGGACCCCGGCCCAGGAGCCCCUGCAGGUGGCCAGAGAGCUGGUGGCAGAGGACGGGACCGCAGCCACCAUCCAGCAGGGGCUCGCUGCCCGGGGCCCGGCGGGACAGCCUGAGUCUGACGACAGCGACGAUGGCCCCAGCGAGGCGGGGGUCCCUGCGGUGGAGCCGAGCGCCCGCUCCAGCGCCAUGCUGGCCGUGAAGCACGGGCGCCUCUACCUCUAUGGGGGCAUGUUUGAGGCUGGCGACCGCCAGGUCACCCUCAGCGACCUGUACUGCCUCGACCUCCACAAGAUGGAGGAGUGGACCGUCCUGGUGGAGAUGGAUCCAGAAUCUCAGGAGUGGCUGGAGGAGACGGACUCGGAGGAGGACAGCGACGAGGUCAAGGGCGCCGAGGGCGGCGGGGAGAGUGAAGAGGACGAGGACAGCGGCGAGGAGGCCAGGGAGCAACGCCCCUCGGCGGCGCCCAGUGAGCCAUUCGCAGACUCCCUGCCCAGGACCGAGCAGUAGUGGGCGAAGCUGGCGCAGACGACGCCGGGCCCCGGAGAGGAGAGCGCUGAGAGCCGCCCGGGCCGUGGCCGUGGCUUUCUCUGAUGACUCAGCCGCAGCCGCACACCCGCCAGAGCCUAGACUGAGGGGGUGGGGUUCCCUGCCCUCAGCGCGCUGCGUGCGGUUUAAAAUAAACUGGACUUGGCAGGGGGCUGCUGCCGCGAGGGUGGUCUUUCGUGCAGCCUCCGGGCCCCGGUGGUUCUGGCGGGGCCUCGGGCUGGGUCGGGCCGAGCUGAUGGUGAGGGGGAGCCGCCUACACGGCAGGCGGCACCUUGAUCAUGAAGUGGAACGCUGCGGGCUUUGCGGGGUUCCCCUCUGCAAAACUAGGAGAUGGGUUCUGCCCGCCUGCACGUUCAGCCGACUCCUUCCUUUUUAAAAAUGAUCGGUGGCCGCCCACCGCCUCCUGUACGCGUUUUCUCGGUUCUCUGGAGAAUAAAGCCUGUUGUGGGCUGGUCUGCUCGCUCUGC